UUUGCAAUGCGUUGCCAAAGCCAAAGCCAACAACAACCUAAGCUAUCAGUUUCAGGGUUGAGGAGCCACCGAUCUGAUUUCAUUCUCUCUCUCACUCGCUAAGGCUAGUGAGUCACACUUACCAAAGGAACCUGUUGUCCGGUGUUGCAUAAACAAGUUCAUCUCCCCGUCAAAUGUUUAUAUCCCAUUCCCCUCUACUGCCCAAAGAUCCCCCCCCAAAUUCUCAUUGCCCGCCCCUUCCUCUAAUUCUCCAAAUCCCCCUUCCCAACUUCUGUACCUAACCUUCUCUCGCUCUCUUCAUAUAUCUUCAAGGGUUUUUGUUGGCUCGUCCAUGGCAUUUUCUUAAUUAUGGUGGCCAGUUCCACAGGAUUCACGACUCAGCUUGAGUUGAAGCUCUCCUCCACAUUCUUUAUCUCUUAUGGAUUGUCACCUAGUAAAAAGAAGAGAAUGUGCUUUCCUCGUGAUCCGCUCACUUUCUUGAGUCGAAUCACUUGCUACUGCUCCGACCCCGUGGUUCCUGUCCGUAGAGCCACUGGUUCUGGCAAGAGCAAUGAGAAGGUGGAGGACUGGCGAUUCGACUCCAAGAAGAUCCCUCUCAGGGUCCGAGUCCAGGCUCCUUCUGCAAUGCCGUUCGCUUCAGCUCAAUCUCGAGUUGCUUCCAAACAAGAAAAGUUCUACUCACAGUGUACCCCAAGAAAUUCUGGUCCUCAGUCUCGUGAUACUCCGCCAAAAAGAGGGUUGUUUGUUUGUUUCUUCAUUGUAGACACUGGUAUUGCAAAUGAGAAGGACUGGGGCAUUAGUUUGUUAAAUGAGAGUGUUAAUGAGACUGGCACUAAUGAUGAUGGCAGUACAUGGUAUCAGGAAAGUGGGGAAGACCUUGGUGAAAAUGGAUACCGAUGUAGGUGGACAAGGAUGGGUGGUAAAUCCCACGAUGCUUCCUCUGAAUGGAAAGAAAUGUGGUGGGAGAAAACCAACUGGAGUGGAUACAAAGAGCUAGGUGUUGAGAAAUCAGGAAGAAAUGCUGAAGGAGAUUCGUGGUGGGAAACUUGGCAAGAGGUGCUCCAUCAAGAUGAAUGGAGUAAUUUAGCAAGGAUAGAGAGGAGUGCUCAGAAGCAAGCUAAAUCAGGCACUGAAAAUUCUGGUUGGUAUGAGAAAUGGUGGGAAAAGUAUGAUGCGAAAGGCUGGACAGAAAAAGGGGCACAUAAGUAUGGUAGACUGAAUGAACAGUCAUGGUGGGAAAAGUGGGGAGAGCAUUAUGAUGGAAGUGGAUCUGUUCUCAAAUGGACAGAUAAAUGGGCGGAGACUGAAUUGGGAACUAAAUGGGGAGAUAAGUGGGAAGAGAAGUUCUUUGCUGGUAUUGGCACACGUCAAGGGGAAACAUGGCAUGUAUCUCCUGGUGGUGAACGUUGGUCGAGAAAAUGGGGCGAGGAGCAUUUUGGAAACGGAAAAGUUCACAAAUACGGGAAGAGCACGACUGGUGAAAACUGGGAUAUUGUUGUUGAUGAGGAGACGUAUUAUGAGAGUGAACCUCACUAUGGAUGGGCAGAUGUGGUGGGCGACUCAAGCCGGUUGCUAUCGAUACAACCUCGGGAGAGGCCGUCUGGUGUCUACCCACCCCUUGAUUUCGGGUCAUCGUCACGUCAAGGUGAUGAUGACCAAUCAGACAAGCCUCCCGCUUCAAAACCAUGAGUAGGCUGUUGGCCCAUUUGUUUUUCUCUCUUUUCCUUUUUUGCUUGAGGUGGUCCAUAUCAUUUAAUCACAUUGGUUUGAACUCCAGACGAGCGUCAGGUGACAUUUUGGAUUAUUUCAGUUUAAUUUAUUCAUUUUCCAAUCCCUUGGGCGC